AUGCCUCCCCGAGACGCUCGCCGGCCCGUACGGACCUUUCCGGGACGGAGUCCUAGCCGGGCGCCGGGCGCCGGGCGCUGCCAACACGCCGGCGCUGCCCGUAAACACACGCUCCCGACGCUGCCCGGCGCUGCCAACACCGGGCCGUACGUCGACGCUCAGACGCUGCCCAUAAACACACGCCGGGCGCCGGCCAACACGCCGGGAGAGAUAACCAACUGCGCCAUGGCCAGCCCGCCCGGCUCGCCGUCGAGCCGCUGGUGGAACCGGCCCAUCAAGCCCGAGCCCGAGAUCGGCCCCAACGAACUGGAAGUGGAGACCAUGGUCGCCGGCGACGGCUACCGCUACGCGAAGCCGGGCAUGACGGUGAGCGUGCACUACGUGGGCUACCUGCCGGACGGCCGCGUCUUCGACGCGACGCACCGCCGCGGCGCGCCGCUGCGGUUUCGGUUGGAUCGGAACGAGGUCAUCGAGGGCCUCGACGCGGCGGCGGCGCAGCUCUCGGCGGGCGAGCGCGCGAAGGUGCGCAUGGGGUGCGACCGGGCCUACGGCGACCGGGGCUUCCCCUACCUCGUGCCGCCGAAGACGGCCCUCGUUUUUGAUCUCGAGAUGCUCGGCGCGGAGUCCUAAUGUUCCUAAGGUUAA